AUGUCUCUAUCUUUAGGGGCGGAGGCUUUGAUCAACACGACCCAAACCGCCAUCGACGUCUUCCUCGCAUCCAAACAAGCCAACGGGCAGAUCUCCGGUCUGGGCUACUGGCAAGUCGCCAACGGCUAUACAGCAAUUGCCCUGCACGACUCUUGGUCGCAGACAACAGGCAACGCGGAGAUUCUGCAUGAUCUCCUCGUCGAGGUCGAAGCAAACCAGACGGACUGCAUCAACGACUUCAACGACGAUUCCAGCUGGUGGGGGAUCUUCCUGUUGGAGAUGUACGAUCUCACCCAAGACACCAACCAUCUGUCAGUCGCCCAGAACAUUUGGGCUCACGUGCAUGACUAUGUCAUCCCGCCCGGACAGUACGUGAUCAACGGCACCGACAUGGAGGGCGGCGUCAAGUGGAGCAACAAGAACAACGAAACCCAAGUCAACGCGAUCACCACGGGCCUGUUCACCGAGCUCUCGGCCAGACUGGCCCUCGUGCAACAAGACCCUGCACGACGACGGGAGAUGUUGACCGACGCCAUCUUCGGGUUCUUCUGGAUUCUGCGGUGUCGAUAUCUCUCCGCCCAGUAUGUCGUGCUGGACCACAUCGAUCUCCAGACCGGCCAGUGCUUCGACUGGACUUUCACCUACAACACCGGCCAGGCCAUCGCCGCGGCGGUCGCCAUCUACGACGCCAUGAAACAGACCCAGACCCAACCGGCCAACUCCCCCGGUGCAGGCACGUACCUGGAUCUGGCAUGCAACAUGGCCCGAGCUGCCAUGACGCGCUCAACCUGGGUCGACGCCGACGGCACUCUCACGGAGCGUGGCGCGUAUCCCGGCACGGGUCCAAACUCGAAGCAGGCGUCGGAAAACGACGACGCCGUCGGGUUCAAAGGAGUUCUGUUGCGCAGUCUGGCGAAACUGUACAAGAUCUUGUCCCGAGACCGUGUCUAUCCGGACCUGCAGACCCAGCUGGCCGGGUUUGUCCAGUGGCAGUUCCAAAGUCUUCAGCAGCGCGCUACUAAUGGCAGAGGCCAAUUUGGGCCCUGGUGGGCUGGGCCUAUGGACCUGCCUACCAGUCAUAGUCAACUGGCUGCAUUGGAUGUCAUGGCUGCUAUUCAUGCAAUCCAAUAG